AGACCACAACCAUCUGUGGGGGUCUGCAUCCUCUACAUUUGGAGACGCCCGGAAGACAGAACGGCACACCCCAGGCAGGAAAGCAUGAGGGGGACAGGACUUUUGAAGGGGCCACAGCUGCUGCUGCUGCUGCUGCUUCUGCUCUACAUCUCAGGGUCCCAAGCAGAUGACAUAGGAGAGGAGCAAGAGUGCCUCACGGAAGGAGCCAACCUGACGGUGCUCUGUCCUUACAAUGACAGAAAGUACGGCUCCAGUCUGAAGGCCUGGCAGCGGGUGAGAAGCCAGGGCCCGCCUGAGACGCUGGUGCGGACGACAACCAAAAGCCUAGAGGCAGAAUCCGUCCGGUCUGGAAGGUUCCUGCUGGAGGAUUUUCCCACGGAUGCCGUCAUGAAGGUCACUGUGAUAGGAUUCCAGAGGCAGGACGCGGGGCUGUACCAGUGUGUGAUCGACCUCUCUCCUCAGGACCUCUUUGUCCUGCAUCAUCCCUAUCGCCUGGUCUACUGCAAUGGUGAGGCAGCCUUCCCAGCACAACGCAAACCCUGAGAAGAAGCCUCCUCCUUGCAGCUGAUGGACACGCCACCCUACCCUGUGAGAGGCUGAAUGGGGUCCCCAAAAAUCUGUGCUGUGAAUCCUAACCCCACUACCUGAUGAUGUAACAGCCACAGUCCCUAAAUACCCAGCCAAGUGACCAGCCUGCGGGGGGCCCCUGCUUCUCCAAGCAUCUGGAUCACACUGCAAGCCAUUUAUUCUUGAGCAUUUAGUUGGAAGAAACCAAUUUUUAAAAAAUAAUAAAAGAUACAUGUGAAAAUAUGCUCUUCUCAGAGUUACCCAGGCUAUAAAUAAAAA